UCCAGGAAGCCAGCAGCUCAUAGAGACACGUCACCAGAGACGUCAGUGGUGUUUCUGAGGAAGACUGAAGGGACAGUCGAAACAUGUCAAAGGUGAGUUUGGAGAAAGUUCUGGGAAUCACCACGACCAGCGGCAGCGCUCUGACCUCAGACCCCAACUCUGGCCUCGUCGCCUACCCUGCAGGGUGUGUCAUCGUGCUGCUUCACCCAGAGACCAACAGGCAGACUCACAUCGUCAACACGUCCAGGAAACCCUUCAGCGCUGUGGCCUUCUCUCAUGAUGGAAGACACCUGGUGACUGGUGAGAGCGGUCACCUGCCCUGUGUGAGGGUCUGGGAGGUGGACGGAGGUCAGGUGGCCGAAGUCCAGUCUCAUAAAUACGGAGUUUCCUGCGUUUCGUUUUCCACCAACAGCUGCUACAUCGUCUCUGUGGGGUUCCAGCACGACAUGACUGUCAGCGUGUGGGACUGGAGGAAAGCUUCCAUCAUCGCCUCCAACAAAGUGUCCAGCCGAGUGUUCGCCGUCUCUUUCUGUCAAGACAACAGCUACUUCGUCACCGCUGGAAACCAACACGUCAAGUUCUGGUACCUGGACGCCUCCAAGGAGCGCCGGGUAAACAGCACAGUGCCUCUGAUUGGUCGGUCGGGGUUGCUGGGCGACCAUAAGAACAGCGUGUUCAGCGGGGUGGCGUGUGGGCGGGGCCUCAUGGCGUCCAACACCUACUGCAUCACCAGCUCCGGUCUGCUGUGUCUGUUAAACAGCAGCCGAAAGCUGGAGGCCUGGGUCGACCUAAAGACGGCGGCGGCCAGCUGCCUCUCCAUCACUGAGAGCUUUGUGUUCUGCGGCUGCGCUGACGGCGUCAUCAGAGUUUUUAAUCCGUCCAACCUGCAGUACAUCAGCACUCUGCAGCGGCCGCACCGCCUGGGAGUGGACCUGACGCCGAUCACCCCACACGGCGGCCCGUUACCUGCCAGUCCAGGUGCACAGUUCCCCGACACGUUGGCUCUGACCUUUAACUCGGCCUCAUGUCACCUGACCUGCGUCUACAGCGACCACAGCCUGUAUGUGUGGGACGUCCGAGACCUGAAGAACGCCGCCAAGCUGUACUCGGCUCUGUACCACAGCAGCUCUGUGUGGAGCGUCGAGGUUUAUCCGGAGCUGCAGGAUCCGUCUGAGGCCUGUCUGCCUCCGUCCUCCUUCCUCACCUGUUCGUCUGAUAACACCAUCAGACUGUGGAACGCCGCUGCCGCCGCCGCCGCCGCCGGACGGACCCACCUCCACAGCAACGACCUGCUGAGGAUCGUGUAUGUGGGGGAGGCAGCCGGGGCUGCUGGGAAGACGGGAGUCCGGUUGCUGGCCAUCAGUCCGGACGGGCAGCUGCUGGCGGCCGGAGAUCGCUGUGGAAACCUCAGGAUCUUUGCUCUGGACUUUCUGGACGAGCUGGUGAAGAUCGAGGCUCAUGACUCAGAGGUGUUGUGUCUGGAGUUCUCCCCCGAGUCCACAGGUGUGAAGCUGUUGGCUUCGGCCAGCAGAGAUCGGCUGAUCCACGUCUUCGACCUGGAGAAGAACUACAGUCUGGAGCAAACUCUGAACGACCACUCGGCCUCCGUCAGUGCUGUGAAGUUUACAGGUGAGAGUCCGGAGGUUCGAUUAGUGAGCUGUGGAGCCGACAAGAGCAUCUACUUCCAGACAGCCGAGCAGACGUCGGAGGGUUUGCGGUUCUCCAGGAGUCACCACGUGGUGGAGAAGACGACGCCAAAUGACAUGGACCUGGACUCGUCCAGAACCCACGUGGCUGUCGCCUGUCAGGACAGAAACGUCAGAGUGUACAACGUGGAAACUGGGAAGCUGAAGAAGUGUUUGGAAGGUUCAUCCAGCGAUGAAGGAGCUCUGCUGAAGGUUCACAUGGACCCGUCAGGUUCGUUCUUGGCCACCAGCUGCUCUGAUAAAAACAUCAGCGUCUUCGACUACGAGUCAGGAGAGCGUGUGGCGUCUCUGUUUGGACACUCGGAGACCAUCACCUGUAUGAGGUUCAGUCAGGACUGCAGACACCUCAUCACCGUGUCAGCAGACAGUUGUGUGUUUGUGUGGCGGCUGGACUCUCAGCUGAGCAGCAUCAUGAGGAAGAGGCGGGGCCUCAGAACAACCACCGCACCUGCAGCCCGCAGACUCAAACAGCAGAGCGUCAGGAGAGAAACCUUCAUCGCUGCUCACAGCCCUCGGCCACCACGGCCCGAUGGAGACGAGGAGGCCGAGCUCAGGGCCAAAGACAGACCGGACGCUGCUUCAGACGCUACGCAGCUUCAGAGCAACAGAAAACUGACGAUGGUGUUCAGAAAACUGGGUCUUGGCCAAGCCUCCUCCAGCGUCCAAUCAGAUGUUGAGCCUUCUCUGGUACAGCAUGGAUGGGCGGAGCCACCAGACCCUCUGACCAUCUGCUCCAGCUUCUCACCAACUCCCACCAAGAGUCAGGAGGACGAAGACGAAGACUUCCACCCUCAAGCUCUGGACAGUCUGCUGGGAGACGAGGAGGACGAAGAUGGAGAGGAGGAGGAAGAGGAGGAGGCCGACCUCAGUACUCCAGACAGACCUGCUUCAGACGCUGAGCCUCGUCGGGGUCGGAGACAGUGGUCGGCUCUGAAACCUCCCACCUUCCCGAGUGCCAUCCGGACCCAGGAGGACGAAAACUUCCACCCUCAAGCUCUGGACAGUCUGCUGGAAGACGAGGAUGGAGAGGUGAUCAGCCAGGUCCUGCAGACGAAAGGUGAAGACCAGAGCAGCUUCAUCCUCUACAACACCACCCCUGACAGAGAGUUUGAUGUGGAGGGAACGACGGAUCAGGGGGCGGAGCCUGAGCUGAGUCAGGACUCCGCCCUCUCUGAUGACUCAACAGGAAGUGUGGAGCAGCACGACGUCGACAGAAUCAGUUUCCUCACCUUCACGGACUCGCCGCCUCCCGUCUCCAUGGCAACAAGCAUCUCAGAGGAGAGUAAUCUCAGCAACAUAACGGUGAACUCGGAGUCGAGCGGCGGCACUGCCUCGGCUGAUGAGACUCGGAGGGGACACGGUGACGGCAGUGAAGUUGGUGGCGAGUCGUCAGGUUCUUGCAGAAAUGAAGGUGUGUCUGUGUGCUGUGUUGCAGCAGGUGAGGCUGAGGACUCGGUCAGCGUGCAGCGGUGUCGGCAGGCUGCAGACGAGCUGCGGUUGGCGGCCAGUCGAGCCGUCCACCUUUACCUGCAGCUCCGGGACGUCCAGCAGCAUUCGGCGUCGGCCUCCAUCCUGCAGGACGCCUUCCAGGCUGUUUGCUCCGAGCUGCAGGAGGCGCAGCAGCAGGCAGAGGAGGCGAGCGGCGCCCCCUGAUGGUCAGCUGGAGGACGACGCAGCUCUAACAUCAUUUCACUGAUGCUCCUCCAGAGUCCAGCAGAGGCUAACGCAGUGGGACAUGACCAGAACACACAUCUGCUCUGCUGCUGACGAGCUUCAUAUGUUCAGCUGUGUGUCACAGAAAAGACUCACCUGUGACUGUCGGAGCUCCUCCUCCAUCCUCCAGGUGACUGUAGGACCUGAGACGUCCUUCAUGAUGACGGACUUCAGGGUCACAGCUGGGUCACGACCCCUCACAGCUGGAGGAGACGAACCCAAAGACUGAGAACAUCAGUAUUAAAGUCAACGCACAAAGAUAGUUUCUGUGUAAUAAAUGUUUUAUGAAUGUUC